GUGACGUGAAUGCAUAUUGUAGCUAGCUCUAGUUGUCGUUUUGAAUGCGAGUAAUUGGGCGGCCUGCAACCACGGACUUACACCCAUAUCGAACUGAGUACAAAUUUGCACGGAAGAUUCACGUUUUACGAAACAGCAACAACGUUUGGUGAACGAGUGACGCCAUCUUUGAAUUAACGUUUUCGGACACCACCAUACCUCAAUAGAACGACCUGACCAGUGGAUCCGUAGUUCCAGCUAUGCAGGUGCAUCAACAGGAGGCUUGAGGAACACUUUCCCAACGCUUCAAGAAAACCUUAGGUGCUUCAGACCUACAAACAAACAAAAACAGUCUCACAAAAAUGGCUGCAUUUCGGACUAGAAGCUGCGUUUUAGCAGUCAAGCUAUGCCUAUGGCUUACGAUCCUUUCCUACACCACAGACUGUGUAGGGGCCCAGUUACCCAAAGUGAACCCAGAUGACUCCAGUACUAUCAUUUGGGGGGAGCUGCCCCCGGUCCCGAUGGCUACCAACAUGACCUCCCCGGGAUCCAGACCCAGUACCCUGGCUGCCAUGGCCGAGGGGUUUGUGGACCUCGUCCAGCCAAAAGGCUUGCCACUUGAUUACAUCCAAUUUGCUCUUGAAACCGUCUACAAUGAAACGUCCUACUAUGAGGAUAAUUGGCAGACAGAGAUGUGGAAGAUCAUGGGUCUUUUCGUGGGCAUCAUCGUUUGUGUCUUGUUUGGCAUUCUCUACUUCAUAAUCCUCCCCUUCGUCGGGUUCAUAUUCAGCUGUUGUCGAUGCUGUGAUCGAUGCGGAGGAAAGAGGGUGCAACGAGAGAGCAAACACAUGGGAUGCAGUAGGGUCACUCUCACCCUCUUCUUCUUCUGCUUCACCGGCAUCAUCUGUGCUGGUAUGGCGUUCACAAAUGUUUCCAACGAAUUUCUCAAGACGUCGGUGACGGUCUUUAAAGACACUGCAGACAACACUCUGGGAGACAUGGAGUCGUACUUGGGUGCUGUAAACGAGCAAAUCGAAUACAUGGUGGACACGGAAUAUGGAUAUGUAGACACGUUACUGACAGAAAACUUGGAAGAAAUUGGAGAUGAGAUAGGUGGGCCUGUAGGAGAUUACCUGCUCGAUGAAGGGGGUCUUCAGCAAGUUCUGGAUUCUAUCACAAAUAUAUCUUCCACUUUCAGCGAAAUGGAGAGGGCAUUGAAUGAGAUUGAGAGCCUUCGAUCAGAGUUGAUCAACCAGUCCACCAUCUUGGAAAGUGAGCUAAACCAGGUGGCCACGAAUCUGGAUGCCAUCAAUCAGGAGUGUAGCACUUGCAUAUCAGACAUAGACAAACUUGUAGUUAAUGUGAACUACACAAAGUUGCCUUCUGUAGAGACGCAGAUAGAUGGAGUUGAAGAAGCGAGCAUGUUGGCUACAAACAUCACCGUGGAGAUCAAUACCGUACUAGCGGACAUUCCAAGCCAAAUCACGGACAUGACAAGCAAUGAAGUACAGGAUGCUCUGGUCCAGCUUGAUGCUGCAGAGAAGGAAGUAACAGAUGCCUUUGACGGCAUCAAUAAAACAAUAUCAGAUUUUGUGGGAACACUUUCAGAUGCCAAGGGCCAGUUGGACGACUCAUGGGAAGAUGUCACAGUUUACUCACAAUAUAUGUACUAUGCGUUGAUAGGUGUGACCUGUACAAUCCUGCUGAUCAUCAUGUUCAACCUGAUCGGCCUUACCAUGGGUACCUUCUCCUACAAGGACGUUCAUCCGAUGGAGAGAUCUAGGAUGUCCAACGCUGGUGGCAACGUCCUCAUGGCUGGUGUGUUCUUCACCUUUGUCUUCGCUCCACUCCUGAUGUUUAUCACGUGUGUUGCCUUCUUCGUCAUGUCUCUGGGAACAUUGACCUGUGAACCCUUGCUGACCUAUGACCUUUUGAGAGUGACCAUCGAUCAGCCCAAUGUGAUAACGGAGGGAUACUAUCUGGGAGGGGUGGUGCUUGAUAACUCUUCCAUCCCUCUGACGGCAUCGGGGAUCUUGACCGAAUGCAGCGAGGGUUCGACGGUUUUUACUGCGUUCAAGUUCGAUGCCAUGUAUGAUUUUGACAGCAUUAAACAGAAACUGGAUGAACUUCAGACCGAGUUCGAUAACAUCACCGACAAGAUCGAUCCCAAAGAUCUCAACUAUGACUUCCCAUUCGCAGAGUUUGCGGAUGAUCUGAACAAACUUAGAGACACCACAGAGUUGGGUUCAAUCAACCAAACUCAAUAUGAUACAUUGCUGGAUGCUGACAUCACUGGCCUUAAUCUGACAGAAUAUGCAAAUAAGCUCCAAGGAAUUGCAGAAGAUCCAGGCACACCGGUGAGUGUGGUAGCAAAUAUAACAGCAGAGGCCGAAGCCAUCAGGAAUAUUCAGGAUUCAACUGUAGAGCCCAUGCAAGCAAACACAAACCAGAUCCAGAUCCAACUGGAUGCCCUUAUGGCUUUGGAGGAACAGUUGGACGCGCAGAUCAACCAGACCAUUGAUGCCAUCGGGAUAGCAGAGUUAGCAAGCAACUCUACCGCAGACGCAGUCUUGAACAUUAGUGAGGAGUAUGCUGAGAGAUUGCUUGGCUAUGGAUACCAGUUCUAUUAUCAGAUUGAAUAUCAGGUGAAAAACGACUUUGCCGAGUGCCAGAUUAUCUCAUCUCUCUACGCCUACUCUAUUCAGUCUACGUGCGACUACCCGAUUGCAUCUUUGAACACGUUCUGGUUCACGGUGGGCUGGUGCGUCUUCUUCUACGUCCCCUCCAUCAUUGUCGCCGUCAAGCUGGCCAAGUACUACCGCAUCAUGGACGAGGAGGCACCCUACCGCGCCCCCAAGAAGUCCAAGAAGAAGAAGAAGCAGGAGCGACGGGAGUCCGACGAGGAAAUGCCCAUGGACGACAUGGAUCACGGAACUGGAUAUGUUGCUCCCAUGCAUGGCAAUAACGGUCAUCAACAAGUGUCUCAUAUCCAGAAUAUCAGAUUACACUGUGUGGGACCAGACAACAUACGUUUGGUAGAUAACGGGCGACCUACGAGUAUGAUGCCCCAGCAGAAUCCUCAUUAUGUGCCAGAUGAACCCAUCUUGGCCUAUAAUGACCUAGGUCGCCCCAUGGCUCCGCCUCCAGCCUACAACCCCGGUUACCCCAAGGGAGCCCCGCCCAAUCUUCCACCAAUCGAGACAACCCACCAAUACGGCCAGAGUGGGUCACGCCCAUCCUCUAGGUACUACGAGGACGUACCCCUGAGGGUCGACCUGAGCUCUCCCCCGCCCUGGAGCAGCAGCAGCGGCGGCGGCGGCGGCGGCGGCAGUGGUGGUGCUGGGAAUAGGAAUUCUUCCAUCAACAUGUAUCAGCAUAACCCCCAACAAAACUACCAGUACUAGACAGGGGCUUAUGCUCAUGGGGUGUGACCAUUGGAAAGGGGGCAUGUCUUCCCUUAUUCUGCACCCCCAACCUAUACAAAUAGGGGCAGGUCUUCCCCUCUUCUGUGCCCCAUUAAGUACUGGUUUAAUCUCGUAACAACCACCAGUACUGGAAGAUUACUCAUGCUUAUGUAUGUAGAAUGUAAGUAGGAAUUAACCAUUUAUCAUUCUAGAGCUCCUCCUUCGUCUUCUUCUUAAAGAAGUUUCAACAUUUAUCCCAAAUGAUUAGAAAUCAGUGCCUUUUCUCUCUCUUUCACAACUUAAUUGAUUCACAUCAUGUGCCUGAUUAUGCUAUGUUGAUAUUAUGUUCCCUGCCGCCACAGCAAUCGCGUUUCAGGCCACCGUGGACAAAACGGGAUGGACGUGAGACGAUGUGGGGACGGAAUGGGCAAACGUGACAGGCCGUCAUUGCCACAGAUGCUGGGCUAGAUUUUUCAACUGUCAACAAAUUUGCCAUGGUAGUCAAGGUGCGGAUAAGAAACCUGGUAGGCCGUAGUAAAACGGGGUGAACGCAACAAAACGUGACACUACGUAAUACAGGGAUGCCAGUUUUCAGGCAAUAGCCUGAAUUCAGGCCCUGG